AUGAGGCUGGAGCAGUGCCUGCCCCUCCUGGGGCUCCUGCUGUGUGCAGUUGGCACCACAGCUCAGCAGGAUGAGGAACUGGAGGAAGGGGAAUUCCUGGUGGAGAUUUCUGGCACCACGGUGACCAUCACGUGUCCCUUGGAGGAUGAGAACAUCCAGUGGGAGCUGUCUGGGAAAACCCAGAACACCAGGGAGAGGAAGUUCAUUAUAAAGGACCACGACAGCACCCCUGCCAACCUCAGCUGCUCCUUGGGUAACGAGAAGCAUCAGCUGUACCUGAAUGCCAAAGUUUGUGCCACCUGCGAGGAGCUGGACGCCCUGACCGUGGCAGGGAUCAUCACUGCAGACCUCCUCAUCACCCUGGGUGUGCUGAUCCUGGUCUAUUACUUCAGCAAAGGCAGGAAGGGACGAGCCAGCUCUGCUGGGGACAGCCGGCCACGAGGUCAGAAGAUGCAGCGGCCUCCUCCUGUCCCCAACCCGGACUAUGAGCCCAUCCGGAAGGGGCAGCGGGAAGUGUACGCAGGCCUGGCCCCCAGGGCCAUCUGA